UCAUCGGCGUGCGCGGCGCGCUGCGGUGCUUGGCGCUCCCUGUCAGGUGCCGCAAAGAGCGGCCGCUGCCGCCUCAUCGCCGCGUACCGGCUCCGGCCGCCUCUCCCGCCGCCGCCAUGAACCAGUUCGGCCUGGGGGCGGGCGGCGGGUUCACGUUCGGCACGCCCAAGACGGCCGCCACCACGGCCACCACCGGGUUCUCGUUCUCCACGCCCGCCGCCUCCGGGAGCUUCAGCUUCGGGGCCGCGGCGCAGCCGGCCGCCAGCGGCCAGCCCGCCGGGCUCUUCUCCUUCAGCACGCCCGGCGGCGCCGCGCAGCCCGCCGGCUUCAGCUUCGGGACGACGGGCGCGGCCGCUGCGGCGCCGGCAGCGAACGCGUUCCCGGCAGGGGCAAAUGCACCAAAAUUAAACUUUGGAGGCAGCACUGCACCUCCAGCUACUGGGAUCACAGGGAGCUUCUCGUUUGGUAGCUCUGCAGCAACGACCGUGCCCUCAAGUCAAGCAGCAGCCCCUUCUGGCUUUGUGUUUGGAACUGCUGGCACCACCAGCACCACGGCCACCAGCACUCAGUCGGGAACAACUGGAGGGUUCACUUUUCCAAGUGGAACGACGACUCAGGCCGGAACAGUCGGUUUCAACAUUGGCACUGCUGCUGCACAAGCAGCGCCCACGGGGUUGACCUUUGGAGCAGCCCCUGCUGCUGCAGCGACCACUGCGGCCACCUUGGGAGCUGCCACCCAGUCAGCAGCCCCCUUCAGCCUUGGGACGCCAUCCACAGGUCUAACCUUUGGUUCGUUGCCUUCAACAGCAACCACGAGCGCUCCGGUGGCAACGCUGUCCACGAGUACCAGCCAGGGCCCCACUCUGUCCUUUGGAACCAAACUUGGAGUAACAUCGACAGCUGCUACAACUGCCGCUACCACCACAACCUCCAUUCUUGGUUCAACGGGGCCUACGUUGUUUGCAUCUGCAGUGAGUUCUUCAGCACCGACAUCGUCGACCACCACAGGCCUCUCCCUUGGUGCCCCUUCCACUGGGACAGCCAGUCUUGGGACGCUUGGGUUUGGAUUAAAAGUUCCUGGAACAACAACUGCCACAACAAGCACUGCCACUGGCACUACUUCUGCUUCUGGCUUUGCUUUGAAUCUGAAGCCAUUAACUACGACGGGUGCCAUUGGAGCUGUGACUUCUACAGCUGCCAUAACCACAGCAGCAGCAUCCAGCACGCCUCCAGUGAUGACUUAUGCCCAGCUGGAGAGUUUGAUCAACAAGUGGAGCCUGGAACUGGAAGACCAAGAGAAACACUUUCUCCAUCAGGCUACGCAAGUUAACGCCUGGGAUCGGAUGCUGAUAGAGAAUGGGGAGAAGAUUACUUCGUUACACAAAGAAGUAGAGAAGGUGAAGCUUGAUCAGAAGAGACUGGAUCAGGACCUGGACUUCAUUCUGUCCCAGCAGAAAGAGCUUGAAGACUUGUUGACCCCCCUGGAGGAGUCUGUGAAGGAACAGAGUGGGACUAUCUACUUGCAGCAUGCAGACGAGGAACGGGAGAGGACGUAUAAACUGGCUGAAAACAUUGAUGCUCAGUUAAAGCGUAUGGCACAAGAUCUGAAGGACAUCACUGAGCACUUGAAUACAUCAAGAGGCCCAGCAGACACGAGUGACCCGCUUCAGCAGAUCUGUAAAAUUCUGAAUGCGCACAUGGAUUCAUUGCAGUGGAUUGACCAGAACUCAGCUGUGUUGCAGAGAAAGGUAGAAGAGGUGACGAAGGUUUGUGAGAGCCGUCGCAAGGAGCAGGAGCGCAGUUUUCGGAUCACUUUUGACUGAAAGUCUCCAAGUUUGACGGAUUAACCUAAAAUCGGGGCAGAAAACAAAGGAUGUUGGGGAUGAAGUUCUCAACUUAUGUGGGUUUGUUUACUUGUAAUAAAAUUUUGUGUUUAUUACUAAGUGAGUCUUUGCUGUGUCUCACUGGAAUUCACCCGCUGCAGGCUGAGAGCCUGCAUGAACUUUGUGCUGAAAGUGUGUGCUCUUUGUCUCUGAUCCUUGUAACUGCAUGCAGGCUGAGAUAUAG